AAGUAAUAAACGAUCGUGUUUCUUUCGAGUGAAAUUGGAAAGAGUCCUUACCCGGUUACCCCCCUCGAUAAAAGAAAGUGCGUAGAGGAGGAGCCUUGCUUGAAGUUGAAGACGAGAGAGAGGGAGAGAGAGAGCUAAUCUCUCACAUCACCGUCGCUUUCCUGGGUUCAAUCUCUCUCGUGAUCUGUCUCUCUCAAUUACUUCUGAUAUCUACCGGGAAAAAAAAAUUCUCCAAUGGAAGACCCCUUAAUCCCUUCAAUCGAUGAUCGAUCGGGUCGGAGGACGCCUUCUUCAUCUUCGAACUUCUCUACUCCUUCUUUCUCUUCGCAGUUGAAUCUUCCCUCCGGCAUGUCCCGAAGCGCUCUGUCUUUAGAAAUUUCGCCUUCUUCUCGCCACAUAGAUCGUAUGGUUGGUGUGGGGUACCGUCCUUCACCUUCUAGAACCAUAUAUAGCGACCGCUUCAUCCCUAGCAGAUCUGGUUCCAAUUUUGCUCUCUUCCAUCUUUCGCCUUCGUCCAACUCGUGCACGGAAGGUCGGGAGGACGGUUCUGGUACUUACGCUACUCUGUUGAGGACGGUACUCCUUGGGCCGGAUUCCGGCGUUGUUUCGCCCGUCACUCAUGAGAAGCAAGCGGGAUUCGAUGGCAGGCAUUCGUCAUUGAGUCCUCCAAGUAAGAAUAUUUUCAGAUAUAAGACGGAAACGCGGCGUUCGCUCUAUCCCCUUUACCCGUUUGGCUUCGACGAUGCACUGCCUGGUGUUAUUUCUAGUCCGGCCAAGACUCCGCGAAAGGUUCCUCGGUCACCUUACAAGGUAUUGGAUGCGCCUCAGUUGCAAGAUGACUUUUAUUUGAAUCUCGUAGAUUGGUCUUCGCAUAAUAUUCUGGCUGUGGGUUUGGGUAACUGUGUUUAUCUGUGGAAUGCUUGUAGUAGCAAGGUAACAAAAUUGUGCGACUUGGGUGUGGAUGAUAGUGUCUGUUCCGUGGGAUGGGAGCAGCGUGGCCCGCACCUUGCUGUUGGAACUAACAAUGGCAAAGUCCAGAUUUGGGAUGCAUCACGCUGUCGUAGGGUGAGGACUAUGGAGAGCCAUCGACUGCGAGUUGGGUCUCUUGCCUGGAGUUCAUCACUGUUGUCUUCAGGUAGUCGGGACAAGACUAUUCUUCAACGUGAUAUACGUGCUCAGGAGGAUUUUGUUAGCAAGCUGAUCGGGCACAAAUCAGAAGUUUGUGGACUGAAGUGGUCUUAUGAUAACCGCGAGCUAGCAUCCGGAGGAAAUGAUAAUAGACUUUUUGUUUGGAAUCAACAUUCCACACAACCCGUGCUGAAAUUCUGCGAGCACACUGCAGCAGUAAAAGCGAUUGCAUGGUCCCCACAUCUCCAUGGGCUUCUUGCUUCUGGUGGUGGCACUGCAGACCGCUGCAUCCGUUUUUGGAAUACAACUACUAACUCACACUUGAGCUGCAUGGACACUGGGAGUCAGGUAUGCAAUCUUGUGUGGUCUAAGAAUGUCAAUGAACUUGUCAGCACACAUGGUUAUUCACAAAAUCAAAUAAUUGUUUGGAGAUAUCCUAACAUGCCAAAGUUGGCUACACUUACUGGCCAUACCUAUAGAGUUCUUUAUCUUGCCAUCUCGCCCGAUGGUCAGACAAUUGUCACUGGAGCAGGUGAUGAAACACUUAGGUUCUGGAAUGUUUUCCCUUCUCCAAAAUCACAGAACACUGACAGUGACAUUGGAGCAUCUUCUCUUGGCAGAACUCAAAUCCGAUAAUUUUUCCUACUAUUUCAACAUUAAGUUGCAAGCAGCUGGAACUAUUUGUGCAAUCCAAGAAAUAAGAAGGGGUUGUCACAGGUUCAUAUCAUUACGCAGAAACAUGAAGUUGAAUCUGCUGACCAAACCCAUGCCAUUAACCAGAAAUUCAAGGAACCAAUGAACUACCAAUGAGAUAUGAUUGUCCGUUUCAGUCUCUUGCAAGCUGCUGAUUUUGAUUUUCUUUUCCGUUUUCUUCUUCAUACAGAGAUGUUGAUGUACAGUGGGAGAUGUUGGUAAUCUUACUAGCUUCUCCCUUGCGUUAUUGUAUAGAGGAGAGAAGCAGUCUAAUGGAUGAUGAAAGCAUCAAGAUGUAACAUGUUCCCGUACUUGUGUAAAUAAAUUAUCAUUCUUUCA